AAAAAUUCAAGAAUAAUGUGUAACUAAAGAUAAUAAAAAAAAAAAAUGUUUAAAUUAUUAUUAUUCUGCAAGUAAUUGAGUGGGUUAUGAUAAAAAAAUCACUCUGUAUUUCUUUCAUAUAACAUACUUUGCCAGCUAUCAAAUUUCAGUAUUGAACCCUUAAUAAAUACUUGCAUAUUAUAAAAAUGUCUAUUUGAAAAAUAGUUAUUUACUGAAUUUUUUUUUCAAACUUCAAGACCUAUGAAAUACCUGAAAAAAUGAAGGCAAUAGUUAAGAAAAUAUUCCCAGAGUCAACAAUGAUUUAUUCUAUAUUGGAUGUCAGGAGCAAAUUGAUAGAAAUUAAUAACAAGGAAGCAGAAGAAUUAAAAUUAAAAUUGGAUCCAUUAAAUAUGGAUGUAUUUAUUACUUAUAGAAAUCUUAUACAAAUUUUAAAUAAUACUUAUGUCCAACCUCCAAAAAUAAUGGUGCGUUUAUUCAACAAAUUGCUUAAAGGAUUUCAUGAAAAAGAUAUGGAAAAAACUGGAAAAAUCUCUAUAGAUGAUUUUAAUAACGUCAUAGAUACAGCUUUUAAUGACGAUGUUACAAAAAAAAAAAUAAAAAAAUCUUUUGAAAAUAUGAAUUACGUAUAUUAUGAAGCUUGGUUAAUGAAAAAAAGAAAUGAUGUAAAUAAAUUAUCUUCGAAGUUAAUGAUGUUAUUCACUUGAGAUAAUCAUAAAGAAGAUGAUUAUUAUUAAAAUAAAUCAUCAGUACAACAGUUGGUUUUUAUAAAUAUUAAAUUGUUUAAAGCUUAUUAACUAAACAAAAAGAAUAAUAAAUAAUUAUUAACAAGAAUUCAUUUUUAUAU